CGCUACGAAAGCAGCUUUAAUCCACUAUCUUCGCACCAAGCGGGAGGCCCGCUGCACACAUGAACGAGCGCCAAAAUUCUCGCUCGUAGCAUGGAUGCUCUACUGAACCCCCUUGUCAACUCCAAUAACACAGACAUCCUCCAAUCUACCACGGACCGUCUCCAGAAGGCAUACCAAGCAAAGCAUGAUGAGAACCUCCUCCUACCUAACCCGCGAAUCCCGGCAGGCGCUAAAGAACCAGCGCGUGCGCAGUCCGGUCGACUCCACGUACCAGCAGUCUUUCCGACACAACCAUCCGAUACGAUGGCUACCAAUACGCUGCCUCAACUUUCCACCACAGACUCUUCGACGACAGGCAACGAUAUAGAAAUGGCUGACAUCAAGAAGGAGGAGAGUCCAGUAGUGUUGACCGAGGAUGAACAAAGUUAGGGCCAAUGAGGAUGACGCUCUUCAACCCACAAGGACUCAACAUGGGACAACGCAGCACAUACAGAUGAGUGUUUGAACGUUAUAUUGAUUGGGG